AUGGUUUCCAAGAGAACAAGGGGACCAGAACAAGGAGAAAAUAUAUCAACUGAGCCAUCUGGAAGCUUAACAAACGGCGAAGAUCGUCGAAAGGCGCCGCGUAUUCUAAAAAGUCAAGACAGUCCGCAUUCAAAUUCACAAAACAAGUAUCCAAAUGUUCAAGCACCACAUGGCGAUUCCGAGCAAGAUGCGCAAGAAACAAAUGGCUUUGCGCAACCUGCUUGCACGCAAUAUGAGUUAAUUCGAGAUGAUGGUUUCAAACAUCUCGAAAAUCCAGAGCUUGAUGAUCGUAAGGCAACCCAGGCUUUUUUAAAACGUAAAGGGCAAAUUGGAGAUAAUCACGCAGCAAAUAAUGCUAUUAUUCAAGAAAUUACUUGUAUCAACUUUAUGUGUCAUUCAAGGCUUCACGUCAAGGUUGGACCUCUGAUAAACUUCGUUGUCGGUAUGAAUGGGAGUGGAAAGAGUGCGGUAUUAACAGCGAUUACCUUAUGCUUAGGCGGGAAAGCUUCAAACACGAAUAGGGGAGCCAACCUCAAAAGUCUUAUUAAAGGUGGUCAAGAAAAGGCUAUUCUAAUUGUAAAAUUAAAGAACGAAGGUAGUGAUGCAUAUCAGCCGGAACAUUAUGGCGCGUCAAUUAUCGUCGAGCGGCAUUUUUCAAAGUCUGGUGGAAGUCAGUUUAAAUUGAAAGCCGCCAAUGGACAUCUUGUAUCAUCAAAGAGGGGUGAUGUAGAAGACAUUGUUGAAUUCUAUCAACUACAGGUUGAUAACCCAAUGAAUGUUCUUACACAAGACAAAGCUAAAUCAUUCCUUCAUCAGUCAACGCCUGCAGAGAAGUAUAAAUUUUUUGCAGAGGGUGUGCAAUUAGAAGCACUAAAUAAUGACUACAGCCUAAUCUUUGAUACUUGCGAUUCAAUUGAGGCAAAACUAGAAGAAUCUAAAGAUGAUAUCUGUGAAUUGGAAAAGGAUGCCAAUGAGGCGCGACAAAAAGCUGAGGUUGCUAGGCAACACGAUGGUAUGCGGAAGACAGCUAGCAUGUUAUCUAAAAAAUACGCCUGGGCGCAAGUUGUUGAUCAAGAAACAGUUAUGUGUGAAAGGAAAAGGAUAGUUUUGCAGUUACAAGAUAAAAUCGACGAGGGCGAGCGCACCAUCGAAUACCAUGAUCAAAACUUCCAGAAAGCCGAAGAACUUCUAGAAAGUUGUAAAGAAAAUCUUCAGAAAUUGGAAGCUGAAGGAAUACCUAUAUAUGAAGCAGAGAGGGAAGCCCAGAUUGCGGAUGAAGCAGCUAGUAUGCAAGUUAAACGGGCACAUUCAGAGCAGAGCAAAAUUAGGGUUGAGCUAGCUGAAGCAAGAGAAGAUGUUAGCAAGCGCCAGGCUGAGAUAGAUGCCGAAAAAAAGCUCAUCGAAGAGGCUAAUGGUGGAUCUCAUGCCAGGAAACAAGCUGAGAUCAAUGAAGCGGAAAAAAGCCUCCAACAGAUCAAAGCUGAUCAUAUUGAGACUCUUCAGGGAGCUUCCCAGCUUGAUCAAGACCACAAUGAAGCAAAAAUAGAUUUGGCAAGGGUUGAUGGCUUGAAUCAGGCAAAAAAAGCCGAAAUUCAGCGGCUUAGGAAUCAACUGAACGAAUUAAAUAACAGCCGCCGUGAUCCAAUGGCCGGUUACGAUUCAAAGAUGAACAAACUCCUAAGCUCAAUCCGUGCAGAUCAAGGGUUUCAUGAUGCGCCUAUUGGCCCGUUGGGACUACACAUCAAAUUGAAAGAUGCUGUCUGGGGAGAUAUUCUCGAGACACAACUUGGAACUCAGCUAAAUGGUUUUAUUGUCACCAAUACACCAGACCAACAACGCAUUUCAGGACAUCUUAAACGUCUAAACAUGGCAAAUUGGUGUCCUGUUAUGAUAGUGGGAAAAAAUCAAGUAAUUGACACUUCCAACAAUGAGCCCGAGCCUCAGUAUCAAACUGUUGCAAGGGUUCUUGAUAUUGACAACGAUUUAGUAAGACGACAUUUAAUCAUUAGUCAGGCGAUUGAGCAGACACUUCUUAUUAAACGCAGAGAAGAUGCUCUAAGAAUAAUGUUUGAAGGAUCAAAACCUAUUAAUACAAGGCAGGCUUACAGCCUUCAUGAUAACCAAAGAAAUCAUGGAAUCUAUUUCGGUUUUACAGCUCGUGGAAGCCCUUUUACUAGCGGAAUAAAACCACCCAAAGGCUUACCACGAAUGCAGUCUGAUACAGAGAGUAAGAUUGCUUAUCAUCGAGAAACUUUACGUCAGCUUAUGCGUGAAUUGGAGGCACUUAACCAAGAAUUAGACGAUGCUCAUGGAAAAGUCAAGUUAUGUCUCGAUGCAAUUACACAACGGAGAAGAAAAAUUGAGAUGUUAAAAAUCAAAAUACAGCGAGGUGAAACUUUAAUUGAGAACUUAAGGACCCAGCUUGAAGAUCUCGCUCCAGAGGAUGGCCGAUUAGAUGCUCUAAAGAAAUGUCUAGAGGAUGAGAAUGACAAAGUCAGAAUUUAUGGUGAAUCCUAUGGCAACCAGGCCUUGGAGAAAGAGCGGCUUAACGAAAUAGCACAGGCAAGGCAUCAAGAGUAUACAGCAGUCAAGCUCCGCAUAAAAGAUCAUGAACAAAAAAUAGUGAAGGCCCAAAAUAAGAUUAAAAACACUGAUCAAGCUCGUAAUGUAGCCUUACGGGAGAAGAAUUUGGCUAUUGAUGAGGUCGAAUCUCGUCGCCGCGAAAAAGAGAUAGCAGAAAAGAAGCUUGAUUCAGCCACUACCAGGGUCGCUGAAUUUACUGAAGGUGCCAGUAAAAUCUGCUCUAGGGUUCCUCUUGAAACCGGAGAUACCACUGAAAGUCUUGAGGGUCAGCUUGAUAGAAUUAAGCAGCUUCUCGCUCUUCAUCGCAAGAAGCAGGGCGCUACUGAUCAAGAAAUUUUCGAUACAGCCGCCAAAAAGCAAGAGAUAUUUAGGCAAGCAAAGGAAAGUAGGUCUGGGCUUGAGAGACUUUUAAGACUUCUUAAACAGUCAUGCCUCGUUCGAAUUCAAAUGUUUCGCCGAUUUCAAGCAUCAAUUUCAGCUCGUUCUCGGAUUAACUUCCAGUAUCUUCUAAGCGAGCGAGACUUUCGCGGUGCCCUUCAUAUCGACCAUAAGCGCAAGAAGCUUGACGUCCACGUCGAACCUGAUAAAUCAGUCACAACUGGUAAAGGGCGCCAGACGAAAACCUUGUCCGGAGGUGAAAAAUCCUUUUCCUCAAUCUGUCUAUUACUGGCUCUCUGGGAGGCUAUGGGCGCUCCAUUGCGAUGUCUCGACGAGUUUGAUGUCUUUAUGGAUGAUGUCAAUCGAGAUGUGAGCACUAAAAUGAUAAUCAGUGCAGCUCGCAAAGCUGUCGGUAGACAAUUUAUUUUGAUCACCCCUAAAUCAUUAGGCGCUGGUGUAGCAAACGGUGAUCAAGACGUACAGAUCAUAAAACUACUUGAUCCUAGAGAACGAGGACAGACACGCAUCGACGAAAUGCUUGAGAAUUAA